AAUUGUGUUAGUAUUUUUAUUUAUUUAUUUUAGCCACACAGUGUGGACACAGGAUAAGGGGGGACGAAACGAUGUCGUUUAGGGCACCGUUAUAUGAGCUUCCACCGCUCUGUAGUUUCUACCUACGCAAUCGAUGGAGGUGCGUAUUUUGACGGUGAAAGAGGUUUCAUCAGCGCCGGGGACCGGAAUUCAGAAGCAUGGUGUAUUGGCGGCGCAGGUGAAGGAAGGAAACGCGGCGGUACGGCGUCGCAGAGCGUUGAUGAGGUUGGACAGGGCAUUGGAGAAGGGUAAUUGCAAGGCGGUGCUGUCUCUGAUGAAGCAGUUCAAGGCUCAUCCUGCCGGCUUCCUCCGCGGCUUCGGCGCCGCCGCUGCCCCAAAGGUCUCUGGAAGAGUAUCAUCCUUUGAGUUAGCAAGGAGGAGUGGAAUAUCAUCUCUGCAGAUAGUAAUUGAUGCGAUCCUUCAUUCCCUUAAGCGCAGUCUAGAUUUUCAACUGCAGGAGGAAGAAGCAGAGAUCUUGCCAAAGGAUUUUGGAAAAACUACAGCUGCAGACAGUCAUAAUUCUAUAUAUGAAGAUCACCUGAUGUGCAUGCAACAAUAUAACGUUUUUCAGCAUGAAGCCGGUCACUUUCUAGUUGGCUAUUUGCUUGGGGUCUUGCCCAGAAGAUACAAAGUACCGAGCGUGGAGGAUCUAUUGCGGGACAAGUUUGCUCGUGGGAACGUGGAAUUUGUUGGCUUUGAAUUUCUUAGAGAAGUUGGUAUUGAUCCCGUGUCAAAUAGAAAUUUCUCCAAAGGCAAGCUUAAUAAAGAGACUCUAAAAAAGUUUUCAUGUGUGACACUUGGAGGCUUGGUGGCAGAACAUCUGGUAUUUGGAUACUCAGAGUUAUUGCACUCAGAUGUUGAGAAGUUGGACAGAGUACAUAAGUGGCUGGGUUUCACCGAGGCUGAGGUCGAUUUUGAGCACAGGCAGGCUGCAGAAGUUACGCUCUUAAUAUUGUUUCCCCAGAUUGAAGCUCUGUCGAGGCUAGCUGAGGCCAUGGCUUUGGGUAGAUCACUUGGCUUUUGCAUUGAGACAAUAGAACAUACGUUUAAACUGGGAACAGUAAGCUGUCAAACUUCAGAUUUUGCAUCUUCUCAACAUGAAACUUAACAAUGGAAGAGAAGAAACACACUGUUUUUCAUAAAGCCCACAGUUUGAAUGCCUUUAUUUAGUUUGAUUUUGUGA